AUGCUAACACUCAACGGUCAACCAUUAAGGUCUUCGUACAGAAGCAUAAGAAGACCAACAGGCGUCCAAUUGGGGCAUCCCGGAUAUCCGAAGUUAAAACCCGCGAUACCUUUUCCAUACGAAGACGUUGUACGAAAUGCUUCACCGUUUCGGCAAAAUAACCACUUUGAUACUUUCAUCGACCCGUACCUUCUAGAAGGUUCGGAAGCCGUUGCAGCGGUGAGACGGGCUGCCCAUCAUGGACAGUUCUUUUUUCAUGACAUACCACACAUAGAGUCAUUACUAGCAAACCAGGAUCUUAGACUAAAGAAUAAUCUGGAGCCCCACAGGAUUGGAAGUAUCCGUCACAACUGGCCAUAUAACCGACCA